AUGAGGGCUUUAAUUGAUUGGCAGUUAAUACUAUUAACAGGGUGUAGGUGCCGUUUGUCUGAGAUAGAGAGUCUAUUACACAGGACAGAAGAAGACUACAAAGGUCAAGUAGAGAGACUAACUGCUGACCUGCAUAAUAAAACCAGUGAAUCUGGAAUACAUAAAUUAGAAAAUGAACGACUGAAGACAUCUAUAGCUAACAUAGAAGAUAAGCUUUCUCAGGCUGAUACAGAAGUUACAGCAUUGAAGUCAAGUUUGCGAAAAUAUGAAACACUAGUUGAUGAGUAUAAAUCCCAGAUGAACAAGUCACGUCGUGAGGCAGAUGAGGUGUCUGUUCGUCUGGAAGAGUCGGUACGUGAGACAAGACAUAUAGAAAAGGACAGUGAAAUCAAUCUAGAGAAGGUGAAAUUGCGUCUCCAGAACCGCUUACUAGAGCUAGAGCCGCUACCAGAGCUGUUGAAGACAACUGAAUUGAGACUGCAAGAUGCCAAUGAUCGCAUCAUUGGCUAUGAACAACGAAACACAGAGAAUGCAAAGCUAAUAGCUGAACUCACAGUGAAGUUAGAACACAAGACAGAGAACCUAGAGAGCUUAAAAGAGAAAAUUCAUGACAUUCAGGAUGAGAAUAGAACCCUGAAAGCCCAGCUGGAGACCUUGGAUAGACGUCAGAAAGAUAUUGAUGAGCAGAAUCGCCACCUGAAUGAGUCAAUGGGCAAGAAAGAAGAAGCCAACAACCAAUAUAAUUUGCGAAUUGAUGAGUUAAAGAGAGAGAACAGUAGUCUUACAAGGCAAUUAGAAACAGCACUUAGUGAAACACGAAGACUAGCUGAGGAUAACAGAGAGAAGGCUGCAUCAAAGGAGAGGGCUAUCCAGUCCAGGCUUCUAGAGUUAGAGUCACAGCUGAGCCAGGGGAGGGCAGAUAUUGCCAGAUAUAAGAGGGAAAAAGAGGAGGCUGAGAGGAAAUGCAACUCCCGUCUAUAUGAUCUGAAAGACCGACUGGAACAGUCCCACAGUACAAAUCGAAGCAUGCAGAACUAUGUCCAAUUUCUCAAGAGCUCAUAUGCCAAUGUUUUUGGGGACACAUCUAUAUCAGGAGGUCUACCAGCUAGCUCCCCGUUCAAAUCCUCAUUACAUUAACUGAACUCAUAUCACUGACUGUGGUGUCCAUGUGGCACUAUUAAUAUUAAAGGAAAUAGAAGGGAUAAAGAUAGUAAAAUGUUGGAAGCAAUAUUUUUAAAAAACAUGCAAUGUUUACCUUAACAUACUUAAUAUAUUUUUGAAAAAGAAAUUAAGAUAUUUGAUUCAAAUGUAGAUAGAUACAAAAUGAACAAAAAAUAGAAGGAUUAUCCAAAAAUUAAGACAAUUGCACAUGGAAUGACGAAACCAAAAAAAUAAAGUUGUGACAACUUUUCAUAACUUUCACUCAAAUCAUCUCUAUCACUUUUAGUUCCUUUGAAUUCAUCCCUUCAUGUUUGGCUUAUUACAGUGUCAGCAUUCAAUUUUCAUUCUUCACUCGUUCAUUUAUCAA